CGGAGAUUUAAUCAGCGAUAAGAUAUUAAAAAAAUAGAUAAAUAUUUUCAAUUAAAGGAGAACUCAGCAGUUGUGAGCUCGUUGUUAACCUUAUCCAAUGGUUAGGUAUAGCCAUUUAUUACUGAUUCUUGGUAUACAUUUUAUUUUUAUAUCUUCCCAGGUAUGCAAGGACAGCUUGGUACCAGUUAUUCUUGUGCCAGGACUCGGAGGUAGCCAAUUGGAAGCUCAACUCAACAAACCAACAGUGAAGCAUUCAUUUUGUACUCAAGUCACCUACGGGUACUUUACUUUAUGGCUGGAUAUAAAGCAACUGCUUCCCGUCAUCAUCGAAUGUUGGUUAGACAACAUGAGAUUGAAUUAUGACGAUUUCUCUAACCAUACUUAUAACCAGCCUGGAGUGAAGACGAGGGUCCCGGGUUUCGGAAAUCCAAAAGUGGUGGAAUAUGUGGAUUCGAAAUCUUCGUUCUCGGUCGGAGGGUACAUGAAUACCCUAUGCGGUGCCAUUGUCGACCUGGGCUAUACCAGGACCACUAAUCUCUACGCCGCUCCUUACGACUUCAGAAAAGGCCCAAGCGAACUAGGUAAUUGGUUUGAGGACAUAGAAGAACUAAUAAAAAAUGCCUACAAUAAUAAUAAUAAUUCAUCGGUGAUAUUGAUUGGCCAUAGUAUGGGCGGUCUAUUGGUUCAUCAAUUCUUGAUAAAUAAACCUCAAGAAUGGAAAGACAAAUAUAUUAAAGCGUUUAUAUCACUAUCUACACCGUUUGGAGGUACUUUGAAGGCUUUGAAGGUAUUUGCUUCCGGAGAUGACUUGGGAGUGUUCUUAUUGCGCCCUGAAAUACUCAAAGAGGUGCUGUCCACCAUGCCAAGUAUGGCAUACCUCCUACCUGUUAAAAAACUUUGGGGUGAUGAAAUUCUUGUUACAACUAAUGAAAAGAAUUACACAUUAGAUGAUUUAGAACAAUUCUUUAUUGACAUUGGCAACCCAACAGGUUGGAAGAUGUAUCUAAAUGAGAGAGAAUACUCUACUGAAUUGGGACCCCCCGGUGUUGAAAUACGCUGCUUUUAUGGAGAAGGAUCUGCAACUAUAAAAAGGUUGAUCUAUGGGUCAAAUGGUUUUCGAGGAAGUCCAUUGUUGGAAUUUGCAGAUGGAGAUGGUACUGCUAAUCUGCGUAGCCUAGAGUAUUGUAAAAAGUGGAUCACACAACAGAAAGAGAGGGUGGAAACUAAAGGUUUUAAUGAAAUUGACCACAUGGGCAUUAUUCGAGAUGACUCGGCUAUAGAUUAUAUCGUCAGGACAGUCAGAGAAUUAUCAAACUGCUAAUGAUUAUAUAUUUAAUUUAAUCGAUAAGAAUAUUAUUUUUAAAGAAUUAUAUUUUAAAAAAUAUUUGUUUCCUUGUUCAUUGAUCUGUUUAUUUCCCAU